AUGCAGUCCAAGCUUCAGGAGGCGCAUCAUAAGAAAGUACUCGGAGGGACAUCGAAAGGCGUCUGGGAGAAGACGACCCGACUGCAGAUGGCAGAUGGCUACAGCCGGCUAGAUGACUUACUCUACAAAGACGGCAGACACGUUAAAGUCGUCCAACAGGAAGUUGGGGCUUUAUCAGCACAAUACCUUCCUGGCCAUGGGAAAAACAUAACCAUAGAUUUCGUAGGACGAUUGCCCUAUCUCAACAAGGGGGGAAUAACUACGUUUUUGUCGUAG